UUCCUAGCGACGCACGUAAGCACUCACACGAGACCCGAGCCACGAAGCGGAUCAUCGCCACCUCGCUCCUGCUCAGCCGUCGUCCUGGUGGCCCUUGAAACUGCCCCGGUAACACAUCGACGCCAAAUAUAAUAUCAUAGGUGAAUACUGGUGAUUAUAGUAAGGCGUGUCAGCUGCCCGGCCCCUUGCGCAGUGCUGGGGUGCAAAGUCAGGAUCCACGGCAUCAGGAGGAGCUAGCUUCUGUGACUCAAGAAGGGAGCGGCACAUCCGCCCGGCUUCUUUCUCCGCCAAGCCUUCACGUCGGCCAAUUAUCUUCAAAACACGCCCCACCCGCCCUCAAUCCAAAGCCUUACAAUCAUGGAGGCACAAUCUUGCAACAACCAUGGUGCUUAUACCCAAGCCCAGCAGUCCCUGAUGUUGUGGUUGACGGUGGCGGUGGCAGGGGUGGGGGCGGUGCUCAUGCUGGUGCUGGUGGCGAUGCUGACGAGGAUGAAGAGGGUGAUGAAAGGGCUGGGGCAAGGGAUGACCAAAGAAGAAGAGAACAUCUACGAUGAGAUACAAAUCGGCCCGAAGAGAGUGGACACUCUGGCCGGCAAAGGCAACCCAGCCCCGGGAAAAAAUCCCCCCAGAAAAGAAAUCGCCCUAAAGAUGGUGGACGAAAACUUGUACGAAGAAUGCUACCUCGACCCGAAGAAAACUCCCCAAGGCGAAAAACUCGGCCAGAUGACAGUGGACGAAAACAUUUAUGACGACUGUUACCUCGCCCCGAAAAAAGCUCCCCUCAAAAUAUAGAUCGGAAAAUAGAUCGGCAGAAAUUAGUUUACACAUAUGACGGUUAACAAGUACAACAUCCUUGACGGUCAUGUGGUGAGUGGCAGUGUUAAAAAUUGGCUUACACAUACAAUGGGAGCCAAGUGGAACAUCCUAAACUAACGGGCCUGUGGUGAGUGCCAGUAUUAUAUAUAUAUAUAUAUAUAU